AGCACUAAAAAAGCGACAAUGUAAACUGGAAUAUGUUGUUUUAAACCCUCUGAUGAAACUAAACAACUAAAGACUGGAACAAUAAGCAAUCGUAGUGGUCUUAAAAGUUCCUGUUUAAACUGAUAGACGCCUGUUAUUGCAAUUGGCUUCGGUCAUUGUUGGGUUAUGAUCUUGAUAAAAAGAUGUUUAUGCCGAGAUCCCUGAAAUUCAAAAGAGCCACUGACAGUCAGCGGAACGUAGACUUCAAGAAAAGUAAAACGAGCUUGAAUGAUUCUGUUUCUACCUCGUCGUCACUUGCUACAGAUGUGCCCGGUGUCUCUAUAUGCUCUCCACUCAAAAUGGACGGUGAACCUGACGAACCACACAAAGACAUAGAUUCCACGGAAUUACAAAUCGACCAGAGUAAUUUAUCUGGGAAAAUUGAGGAUAUAAAGGCAGAGGAUGGUCAUGAUGAAGAGCCAGUGAAAUCCUUCAAGAAAAGCCAAAGGUGGCCUGAGCCAGGGGAACCUGUUUGUGUCAUGUGCGGCCGUUAUGGCGAGUAUAUUUGCGACAGUACCGACAACGAUGUAUGUAGUCUGGAGUGCAAGGCAAGUCACUUAGCAAAGAUGUGCAUGGGCCUUGGACAAAAGCUCUUCUCUAAAAAUAAACAAGAAGACACAAGCAUUCCUUCUAUAUCAACAGACACUGACUGCACUAUAGAUGUUGUUAGUGACUACAAACUAAGUUACUCUUACAAGGAGGAUACCUUCAUAGCAGGACUGACAGAAGAACAGGUUGAGAGGGUGAAGAAAGAGUUAUCAAUUGUCACGCAUGGCCAGGAAGUCAGCAGACCAGUCAUUGAAUUUGAGCACUGUGACUUUCCUGAAGCUCUCAGGAUAAACCUGAAGAAGGCUGGCUAUGAGACUCCCACCCCCAUUCAAAUGCAGAUGGUUCCUGUAGGUUUAGCUGGGAGGGAUGUGAUUGCCACAGCUGAUACAGGCUCUGGAAAGACUGUUGCAUUCCUCCUACCAGUUGUUCUUCACUCUUUGGAGGGUGGAGCAGGUACUUCCUUUGGUCCUAUGGCUGUUAUUUUGACUCCAACCCGAGAAUUGGCUAUCCAGAUUGAGAGGCAGGCAAAGGAGCUGAUUAUGGGCCUGCCCAAUAUGAGGACUGCUUUGCUUGUAGGUGGAAUGCCCCUACCUCCCCAGCUCCAUCGCCUUAAGCAGAAGAUCAAGCUUGUGAUUGCAACUCCAGGCCGCCUCAUCGAGAUUCUGAAACAGAAGGCUGUCCAGCUUGACAGUGUCAAGGUUGUGGUUGUUGAUGAGGCUGACACUAUGCUUAAGAUGGGAUUCCAGCAGCAGGUGCUGGAGAUUUUGGAGCAAGUUCCUGAUGAGCAUCAGACUCUCCUAACAUCAGCCACAAUCCCAGCAGGAACAGAGUUGCUAGCAUCUCGUCUGACCCAGGACCCCGUGCGUAUCACGAUUGGUCAGAAGAACCAACCCUGUGCCAAUGUUCGUCAGAUAGUUCUCUGGGUAGAGGAACCAUCAAAGAAAAAGAAGCUCUUUGAGAUUCUAAAUGACAGAAAGCUCUACCAGCCACCAGUAGUAGUGUUUGUGGACUGUAAACUCGGAGCAGACCUUUUGUGUGAGGCUGUGCAUAAGAUUAUGGGUUUAAAUACAGUUGCUAUCCACUCUGACAAGACACAGUGGGAACGCAAUAGAAUCCUGAAGGGUCUACUUGAGGGCCAGUUUGAAGUGGUGAUCAGUACAGGUGUAUUGGGCAGAGGACUGGACCUGGUCAAUGUCAAGCUGGUGGUUAAUUUUGAUAUGCCAACUAACAUGGAUGAGUAUGUCCAUCAGAUUGGGAGGGCAGGAAGACUAGGACACAGAGGAACAGCAAUCACCUUCAUGAAUAACAACAAUAAGCGCUUGUUUCUGGACAUUGUGAACAGAGUCAAACCCACUGGCUCCCUGCUUCCCCCACAACUCCUGAACUCACCACACCUACACGAACAGCAGAGGAGGGCCAGGCGCAGAAGUAACCAAGGAGAGGAUAAUGUCGUAACCAAGAACAACCUCAUCGAUAUAAUUAAAAAGCAUGACAGGAGCUGUGCCAAAAAGUGACAAGUAUCUUAUUUACAUUUACAAUUUUACCUUUUCUUUCACUGAAUAAAUGUAAUGGGCUGUCCUUACCCCAUUUAAA